AUGGCUACAAAUCUAUUCCUUAAUUCUGUUGAAGAAGCUGUACAACUGUCCAACGUAGAUUCAAAACCGUUGGUAGUGUAUAAUACAUUCACUAAUGGCGAUGAUACCUGGUUAAACAAGUGGUUUAAAAGGGACGAGUCUUUAAAUAAACAACUACUCAGUGCCGCAAUAUGGUUGAAGUUAUCUGAGGGAACAACUCAAUUUGCUUAUUUUGCACAAAUUUUCCCAUCUGUUAUUGUCCCCAGUUUGUAUAUAAUACUUAAUGGCCAGAUUAAGACUAUCAUACAGGGUGAAGACAGUGCUGGUCAUUGGAAUGAGUUAUCUAAAGCACUCAGCAUUGAAAUACCAGUACCUAGGGGUCCUGUACAUCCAGAACAAACUUUCAGAGAAACUAUACAGCAUACUACACAAGAGAUCUAUCAAAGGGAAAAGUUGAAAGAAAGAAGACUAGCUGAACAAGAGCAUGAUCGUAUCCUUAAGUUAUUGAAAGCUGACAAGGAAGAGAGAAAGGCAAUGGAAAGGCAAAAGAUGCAGACAAAUGCAAAUACCGAUACAAAUAAUGAUGACAAAAUUUAUGAUAAUAUUAAGGAUAAAAGCAGGCUGCAUACGGUGGAUUGCACUCUCCUAAUUAGGCUUACAAAUGGUCGGACACUGACUCAUACGUUUCAUUCCAGUAAAACACUAAAUGAUGUGAGGAGUUGGGUGGAUCAGAAUCGAGUUGACGAUGAUGUUCCUUACGUUUUUCAUAGAAACGUUCCUCGUUUGACUUUUACAGAAUCAGAUGAGAUGAAGUCAUUAGAGUCAUUGGACUUGACACCAAGAUCUGCAUUAAUAUUGAAGCCUAUUGAAGGUGCCGAUAAAAAACUUAAUAUCUCUCACGCACAGGGUCCUAGUUUACUGGGAAAGGUUUACAACGGACUAUCUUCCUGGUGGAGUAAUAAUGAUGAUAAUUCUUCUGAUGCGCAAUGCUCCAGAAGUGAAGAUCUGCAUCACUCUCAGGCAAAUAUCAUGCAGAAACAGGGUACAAACCAUAGGGUAAAUGAAAUUAGAUCGGCAGAUAUAGAUAAUUCCUCAAUGUCAUCGUUUACGUCAUCACCAUUAUUGCCUUCAACCAGAACUGCCUCAAAUUUCAGGAGCUCGGAACAAAACAUUUCUUCUCGAUCUGUCUCUCCAAAUAUAUACCAGUUUUUAAAUCCAAAUGACGAUAAGCAGGAUGAAGAUGAUGAAAAAUCAGCAUAUAAUGGUAAUGCGAUUAAUCUCGAAAAGAAAAAGGAUGAUGAUUGA